AUGGAAAGGUUAUUGGAAUUCAAGAGUGUACGCGCAGACUCCUCACGAGGGUGCGGCGGAAGGCGCGUGGGUUGCGACGCACCCGCACCUCUGGAUGAUACCUCGGCUGCAGCGGCGGCCCCCUCACCGGCUGUGCCAGAUGCGGGGCCAGAUUCACCGCCAGCAUCCGCACGGGUGGCUUCUCCGCCACCACCAUAUACUCUGCCACCCCGGAAUGUUAGGCCCCGGUCUGGCACAGAGUGCACAGCCCGCGACCUCCUGGCAGCACAGCAGGAGCAAUUGGCAGUCCAGAAGGAACUACUGGCCACGCAGCAGGGUCUGCUGAGGGCCCAGGAGCGGCAGCUGGCCAUCCAGGAACGUCUGCUGGCAUCCCAUGACGAGAUGCUGGUGCUCCAGAGAGGUGCUGCCGAAGCAUUACGCGGGCUAACAUCAGCUGUGCAAGCACUAGCAGCCUCCAGUGCCCAGCAGGCGUCCUCGUUGACUACGCUUGUGCUCCACCUCAUGGGUGUACGUAACCUC